CCGCUCGGUUUGUUUUCCGGGUGAUGCUGCUCUUCUCUUCAAAGCAGAGGAAAGUCGAGGGCUCAUGUGUCAACAUCCAGGGUUUCCCCGGGGAGGUGUAACGUUAACGUUAGUCCAAAAAAACCUGAUGUUCCUUUGAAGACGCUUUUAUUCGCCUGUCCAUCCCUCCGCGGCGGCCGUUUUCCCAACUGUGAAGCCCAGAAGACGAUCUCCGGCUGCCGCUGCUCGGACGUUAGCUAACGUUAUUUUAAACGAUGACAGAGUACAAAGUGCGAACAGCGUCUCCAAUCAUUUAAUAAUAUCUGGGGACCUGUUAGCUUAGCUAGCUAGCCCGGUGACUCGAUUAGACCACGGGGACACGGCGAAACACACUGCUGACAUGAUGUUUCCUCAAUCAAGGCACUCGGCGUCCUCUCAGUCCAGUCAACCCCUCAAGUUCACCACCUCUGACUCCUGUGACCGCAUCAAGGAUGAGUUCCAGUUCCUCCAAGCACAGUACCACAGUUUGAAGUUGGAGUGUGAUAAACUGGCCUCUGAAAAGUCAGAAAUGCAGCGUCACUAUAUCAUGUACUAUGAAAUGUCCUAUGGGCUGAACAUUGAAAUGCACAAACAGGCUGAAAUUGUGAAGAGACUGAACGGCAUCUGUGCUCAGGUGCUGCCUUACCUGUCACAAGAGCAUCAACAGCAAGUCAUGGGCGCCAUAGAGAGAGCCAAGCAGGUCACGCCCCCUGAGAUGAACUCCAUCAUACGGCAACAGCUCCAGGUGCAACACCUGUCCCAGCUCCAGGGCCUGGCCUUGCCUGUGACCCCGCUGCCCCUGGGCCUCACCCCUCCCACCCUGCCCGCCGUCUCCUCCAGCUCCGGCCUGCUCUCCCUCUCCUCCAUCCUGGCCAACUACUCCCACGGCCAGGCCCAGGCAGUGAAGGAGGACAAGGCCCGGGAAGCCGCAGAGAGAGCGCCCAGAGGAGAGGACGGGGACAAGUCAGACUAGUGCAGACGCGGUGCAGAGGUUUGGAGGGGGUUGUUGUGGGGUGUCUAUAAAAAAGAAAGUUAAAAAACUGUAACUGUAAAUGGAGGUUGAAGUAAGUCUGGCUGCCUGUCUGCUGAGUGUUGAUGUAGAGGAGUUACUGCAGGGAUGAGGACAAGCAGAGAGUACAGAUUUUUGGAUGUGCAGCGAACGAAACUGCUGAGUGGCUGAGAGUGAGCGUUAAAUGUUCUUAUUAUUUAGUGGUAAUAGACUCAGUUCAGGCUUCUAGACUUUAAAUAGACGCUUUUUUUAGUGUAAGCCACUGUUGUUAGGCUUAACCGAGAUAAGUGUUUUCCCAUUUGGAGUGAGGGCCGAAGAUGUAAGCUAACAGCAGUGUCUCUUACACAGAUCUGCCUCUCACUGGUUUAUACUUCUUAAUUCUUUUCGCUAUCGGAUUCCAGUGUUUUUUGUUCUCUUCAGUCCCUCAGAUUGUUUCUCACUGGCCCGUGUGCCAGUCACAGUACGAGUUUUACAACAUCUCAGUUCCCUCUCACUCCUGUCCCUCCACUCAUAACGUACAACAGCUCCAUCCUUUUUUUUCCCCAAAAUAAAAAAUGUUGACUGGAGCAGUUUGGAGAAUUCAUUUCUGUACUUUGAGCCAAAUUAGGGUUGUUUUUAAAGGGUCAUUUCACUUGUCAGGUGCAUUUAAAUCCUUCAAACAUAAAUCAUCCAACUUUCUUUUUUCUUUUCUUUUUUUCAUACGACCAACCACUGGAUGCAUUACCUUAGCUGUGUACCUCAGUCCCAAAUAAAGGGGAUUUUAUUCCAUUAAAAACCUAGUUUGUACCAGUGGUAGUAUACCCAUGUUGGCGGGUUAAUUUGUGUUUCAUAGGCCUAGCUGCUGCUGCUGCUAUGCGCGCUACAUGGCAUGGACCAUUUAGUCUUUAAAUUACAAGAAUUUAAGCUCUGAAAAAAAAUUGACUUUAUUUUGUUUUCACGACAGGUUAAUUAGACAUUCAAAAUGUGUCCGCGUGUGCUCGAGUGAAUGUGAUCGGAAAGAAGAAAACACUUGUUUAAUUUAAUUUUUUUCUAAUUAAAGCACCUUUUGUAUUUUCUUCACACCUCCCUCCCUGCUCCUGCCCCUUCCUCGUACUGGUCCACUCUUUAACUGACCAAGACAAACUUGAACAGGAUCUAAACUUCAGAACCAGACGGUCAUAUAAGACAUACGAGUACUGUAUUUCUGUAAGUUAGAAGAGCACUUCAGUUUAUACUGAGACUGUUUCAAGCACCUGUCUUUUCAUGUCUUGUUAAACUUGUGUGUGAUUGUCAGGGGAAGUUUUUCCCCCCAUUUUCUUUUUUUUUUUUUUAAAUUUUUGCAUUUUUUUGAUGAAGAAUGUGUCCGAGGUGAGUUGCUAAAGCUCUGUAAGCAACGUCAAACAAGUGUGCAGAAAACAGCAUUUUAAAACAGUCGGAAUUUGUCCUGGUGACCAAAUUAUUGAUAAAAACAUAAGCUGGUUUUGCUGCAUUUUCCCAAUUCCAUACUACUUACUAAUUCUGUGUAGUACAUACCAUCUAUUUAGCCUGAUUUUUCUCAGACUUGAAUAGCUUAUACUGAUAUUUGCCUCAUUGCGGAGUAAAUAUCGACCGUAAUGUGACUUUGUUUUUUUUUUUUAGUAAAUAAUGACAAAGCUAUCUGGAACCAAGGUAGUCACACUACUAGUAUGAAUUUGAAAUCCACAAUAAUCCUAAUUUUUAAUAUUAUCCUGAUAAUCAACAAAAUAUACUUAAAACUCUUAAAAUGGCACUAAAACAUAUUGGAGCCACUUCACCUUAAAUUUGGUUAAGAACAAAUAUUUGUUACUGCAUCACAAAUAGGAUACAGAACUUUUUUUGUAAAAAACAACCACUCUUAAAAAGCCAGACUUUUUUUAAACUAUUUAAAAUGGCAUAAUAUCUUCACAAAUGAAAUAUGCCAAUGAAUGAUUACAAUCUUUUUUUGUUUUUUGAGCUUAGUCUGUGCGUUUGCGGCCUGGUUUUGCUUUGUUUUUUAAUUGUUGGUUGCCCAGCAGUGUCUUUGGGUACUGCUGGAAACGAUACUCAUGAUUAUCCCAAUAAUGAAAAAUUCACUGCAAUUAACUUUUUUUCUCCGCAAUACGUUAUGUUAUAUAUAUAUAUAUAUAUAUUUAUUUUUUUGGAAUUGUGAAUUGUUACAUCCUUAAUCAGCAACAUCUCAGAAAAUACUUAUUGGAGAAAUUUUAUUUGGCAGUGUCCAGGGUUCCCACAGAUUUUCGGUGACAAAAUUUGCCAUUAUGUUAACCUCUACUUCGUGGAGGUUAUCCACAUAAGAUUACUGUAAAAAUUUCAUCAAACACAACAAGAUUUCCAUGACUUUUCCAAAACUUAAAAUGAUUUUUACUAAUUCUAUGACUUUUUCAGAUUUUUAAUGACUGUGGGAACCCUCGCUGUCUUACAUAAAUUGUAGUUGAUUGAGUUGCAGUUUUUUGGAGUGAGUCUAAUAUGAUUUCUUGUAAGGAUAAAACUAUUUGGUGUAAUGAUUUCUUGUACACUAAAUGCAUUGCAGUAUGUUUUUGCAGUUGGUAUGUAGUGUGGAAUUGGGACGAAGCUAAGAUAUGUGGUUGAUAUUUCCGCAGCAGAGGGCAGCAGCGCUCUUUCAUUGAUCAUACCAGGUCAGUCUGCUGUGUUGACCUUAUAUUCACUGCUGUUGUCUUCUAGUCUUCAUGUCCUUGCUGUGGGACGAGCGUCUGUCCACUGCAGGUGUUGGCUGUUAUUCCCCUGUAAUGUGAGUGCUGUCCAGAGCUUUGACAACCCACCUUUUAGCGUCUGAGCACGUUCGAGAGCUUAAACGUUCCCUCUGUAUUUUAAUUUGAAAGGCACUUAAGUUGUGGCUCAGUGCACUUAUUUUGUUUCUCUUCUUCCUGUCCGUGCUAGUGUUGGGGGGCUCAUGAUUUUCGCUCCCUGGAGAUUUGACCUUAAUGUAUCGAGUGCGAGAACAGAUCAGUUUGCGCUCUUUAUACUGACGUCAGUCUCUGUAGAAAACCUCCUUUGGCAAAACUCAGACAUAUGAAUGGUAUGUGUGUUUGUUUUUGCUGUGAAGGGCCAAUUUGUAUACAUAUGAAUAUAUCAAUAUACAUAUUUUUUAAAGCAUUUUUGUAUGUUUCAAAGCUGCUUUUUAACGUGUGUGUAUCAUGGAAGACUUUGGUGUUGUAUGUGUGCAUAACAAGCCUACAGUUAAAGAGAGGCACAAUGUUGUAUACCAUGUCGUUUUUCCUGUUUUUUCUCUCCCAUUCUCUCAGUAGGCAGUAACACUUAACAUUGUUUUCUAGGUUUGUAAAUGUUUUAUCUUUUUUUGUGCAAACAAAAAAAAGUUUAAUGUGUUUAUGAACACAGUCUCAUUUUAAGAUACCUGGGGCGAAAAAAAGAAAAAAAAAUACCAUGAUGUAAACAAGCAACUGUGUACUCUUAUGAGAAUGAAUCAACCUUUUAGCAGUAAGGAAGCUUCUCUGGUGCCUUACAAAUAAAAGAUGUGAUUGAGAGUG